CGUACGUCAGGCAGGGAGGUACUACGUGAGCUUGGACAAAGAGGAAAGUGAAAAAUGUGCCCUAAAGAACAUGACGGUGGUAUGCGACGAUGUAGGAGGUACCCUCAACCCAUAUUGUACUCAUAACAUGUCGCACCACUGUUUCCGUAAUCAUGGCCUAUGGCAAAAUAAGGUUCCCAAGAAGUGCUACAACACCCUGUCUCAAGAAGAAGAAACAAGUGUGUGUGAGAUUGAGCUUGUUAGACAAACAAAUCCUCGGUGUGGCUCGAUCAGGCCACAAUAUAGCACCCCGCUGAAUGAACCUCUGGUCCAGCUUCGUCUCUACCACUUCUCCUCUUUUAUUUGGGAGAGUGAGGCACUGGUCAACCUCACCUUCCCUAACCCGACAUGGCAGGAGCUUGAGUUCCAGUCAUCGGUGAUGAGCUCUGGCAUGAAACCCCAAUGCCUCAACUACACCUUACACCAGCCAAUCAACAGCACUCUCAUGUUUGACUGUCGCUUCCGCACCAAGAAUAUCAACAAAACCCGCUCCAUUAAGCUCACUGUUCAGACUGAGAGUGGUCACGGCGCCACUUACAUCUACCAGUUGCCCCUUGGCCGCCACAUCAAUCCACAGAAGACAUGUCCUACUGAGUGGCACACCUUCUUCUACAUCCACAAGGAUGCCAUCCAGCGCUUCCAGCCCCUGCCAGUCACUGUGCAGUCGGCACCCUUUGACAUGGUGGAUUACAAGGUGUCGCUGGGAAGGUGCCCUGUUGCAGAAGAUGAGGAGUGUAGCAAAUUUGUUGAGGUGGAUCAUGUGAUUGUGACAAAGAACACAAGUGAUGAUCUGUGGACCGUUGAGCUGUCUCCUGCGAGAAAGGGUGGGGACUACACCGUGAGGGUACAGAUUGUCUCAGACUGGUGCCACAUGUCCAGCAGUGCAGAGGGUUGCCACAUUGCUAUGUCACCAAAAUUCAUCAUUCCCAGUGACAUAACAUGGGUUGUUUUGGUAAUGUCUGUUAUGUUCAUCAUCCUCUUCAUCAUCUGUGUGCUCAUCAUGAUCUUUACUCAGCGCAGAGUGAACAAGAAGUUCUUCAGGGAGCUGGCCACCAAGCAGACCACCACUCUCUUGGCAUACCACCCAGAGAGUAAAGCUGUUCUCAACUUUGUCCACAAGCUGGCUGAGUUUUUGCAUAACUCGUGUGGCAUCACCCCACUUAUGAUGGACAAUGGGGUGUUCUUGGAGAACCCAACCACCUGGAUGAAGACUCACAUGAACUCAGCCAAUCGUGUGCUCUUCAUUAUUCCCAUGAAAGCUGAGGCGCUGAGUUGCACACCCUUCACGUCCCAGUGGGUCACAGCGAUGAGUGAGUGCUCCGGGUCAGACUUUAUUGCCAAUCCGGAGCGUGUGAAGUGUCUGGCCAAACUGGUGCAUCCCAAAAGUGGUGUUGUGCCCUGCGAGAUCAGAAACAUUCAGCGAUUUGAUUUGAGUGACAGCCCAGCAGCCCUGGCCAACUGGCUGCACGGUGGCUCCUACCUCGACCAGUUCUUCAUCUGGCUGCCCUACUUCAGGUCAGCUGUCUGCAAAAAUGCCACGCCAAGCUGGGCCCAUGUUCGGCUGGCAGCACAGAAGAUAGGCCUGCCAUCCACAGAGACAGAAGAAAGAGAGAGGUCCUGUCCCUCUUCACCUUCACUUAAUGUCAACAUGGAUGGUAAGGGUGGUGGUGGUAAUGAUGAUGAUGAUGAUGAUAAGGUUUUUGUUGAUGAUGAUGAUGAUGAUGAUGAUAAGGUUUUUGAUCCAGAUAUUCCAAAUGUUAAUGAUAAGCUGUGUGAUCCGCAUCAAAUGAGUGAUCCUCCUCCUGUGGACUGGGAUGAUGAGGAUUUUGAGUUAUUUGUUGCUGAAGGUGCUGGCUAGUCCUCUCAAACACUUGGUUAUCUUUUUGAGGCCACAGUGGCAACCUGCCAAAUUCUUAUGGGCGUUUUUCUUCCUACUAAGUGUACGUACAUACCUUGCUGAACUAUCACUACAUUUAUGGAAACAUGCUUAAACUAUGACAAAACAAAAAAAAAAGAACCAUAACUUCCACUGCAGCAUGUUAAACUAUUCCUAGAAUUGUGAAAACACCCUUGAAAACCCAAAUAGCUUCCACUGUAGCUUAUUUAUCUAUUGCUAGAAUCUGAACAAAAUCCUCACAAACCCCAGUAACUUCCACCGACAUCUAUUUAAAAAGUAUGUGGGAAAAAAAGCUUUGGUGUUUAUGAAUAUAAGCUAUUUUAAUAAUUAUAUCAAGGCUGUAUGGUGUUUACUCUGUUUGAGAGCAUUAUGGGAGAACAGACAUUUAUCUUCACAGAGGAUAAACAAACAAAAUGAAGUUCUCACGUCAUUUUAGACUUGGAAUCUCUUGGUGAUGGAGAUGUGUGGGAAAAGUGGUAUUUUAACCCCUUCAGUACCAUGACGUGUUUUCAUAUUCAUUCUUCUUACCGUUUGGGGAUUUUACACAGCAUCAGAAACUUAUGUGGCAAUUAAAAUAUCAAAAACUUUGUGCAUUAAUGUUGUGACUUUCAUAGACCUUCCUAAUGUAAAUAAAAUCAUCUAAUCGUACCCAAACUCAUGGUAAAAACGCAUCCUAGUACUGAAGAGGUUAACCUUAUUGUAGUUUCAGAAUCUCUAAGGAAUGACAAUGAGGGAGGAAGGAUGGUGUCCAAAUAUUUUCAUCCCGCAUAAUCUAAUGUUCAAAUCUAGCCAUUAAGAAGGAGAGAGAGAGAGAGAGAGAGAGAGAGAGAGAGAGAGAGAGAGAGUCUUAGAACCUCUUGAUGGCCAGGCUCACAUCACCACCCCUCAGGUCACCACAGGGGGGGCAGGUGGCAGGGUUCCUCAGCUCAACACCACUGGUGGUGGUGGUGGUGCUCAGGAGAGGUGCCUGUGCCAGCUCUCCUAUUGUGAGUGCUGCCAUGACUACAGGUGUGCCUCUCAGGACCUGUCCUCUCCUGCCACUGCCCUCACCUGUAAAGAAAUGCCUAGUUAUGUUUUUGUUUCUAUUUUCAAAAUUUUUAAAAUUUGUGCAUGUAUGUACUGAAAGUGAAAAUGAGAUCCCAAGUGGCGGUAGAGGAAAUUAUGGCUAGGAAAGGGAAGCUAGCCGAUGAUACUGAAUACAAGGAUAUACGGAUAAAAAGAGUUAUGAACUUAGAGAAGAGGGAAAAGGAGAAAGUAUUAAGAAAUGAAGCUAAGGAAAAAAAUGAGAAAAGGACAGAGAUCGAGAA